AUGCCGCACCGCACCGUCGCGCUGCUGCUGCUCGCGACAGCCGCAGCCCUCGAGACCCUCCACCUGAGCAACAAGCGCUCGUGCCUGUUCCAUGCGCCAGAAGAGACCACCACGCCCGUGCCGCUCGUCGUCGUGCUGCACGGCUACAACGUCGAACCCUUGAACACGUUGGACUUCUACUUUAGCGACCUGAAGCGCCUCGCGGAGGAGCGCGGCCUCGCAAUCGCCGCGCCGCGCGGCCGCCGGCUCGGCGCGCGGGGCAACGACGGGUCGUUGUGCUGGGCCGCGGGCGCGUGCUGCUGCCGGACCAAGACCAAGGACGACGCGGACGUGUCGUUCAUCGACGAGGUCGUCGAGGCGGUGCGGCGACGCGCGGCAAUCUCCGCCCUCGUCCUCGUGGGCCACAGCAACGGCGGGAGCCUCGCGCUGCGCGUCGCCUGCGCGCGGCGGGACGUUGACGCAUUGGCGAUAUUCAACGCGCCGCUCACCCACGACUGCGCCGUCCCGGCGACGCGGCUCUACCUGCGCCACGGCGCCGCCGACGCCAUGCUCGGCGGCCGUGAGGCGUCGCGCGUCGCCCACCCGCACGUGCCGGGCGUCGGCGUCCGCGAGACCGUCGCGCGGUUCGCGCGCGCCAACGGCUGCGCCGGCGCCGUCGAGUCGAACGCGACGCAGGCGGCGCACGCCUGGGACGCCCUCGCGCCGCGCGCGCUCGUGCGCCGCAGCGAGCACCGGAACUGCGCCGCGCCCGUCGUCUUCGACGUCGUCGACGAGCUCGGGCACUGGCCGUCCUUCGGCCUGCUCCAGACGGACCUCCGCGCGCCGCUCCUCUUCGCCAUCUACGGCGAGCCCAUCACGGCGGCCAGUGCCAAAAACAACGUACGCCUAGGCCGGCCCACUCGAAUUAAAUAA